UUUCUCCGGGAGGCCAGGAGGCACGUCGCCCUCGUCCGCCGCCGCGUGUUCGCAAGCGAGCAAACCGCUCCUCCUCCGCCGCCGCCUCCGCGCCUCGCCUCGUCUCCUCCUCCUCCUCCUCCCUGCUCCGUCCCACACCACCCGUAGUAGGGGCCGUGGCCGGAUCGCAAUGUCGGCGUCGGGGGGAUUGAGCUUGGUGCGCCGCGCCGUCGAGGCCGCGCGCCGCACGCCGCGGUGGCAGAAGAGGCUCCUCGUCCUCACCGCCGGUGUUGGUUCUUUGACUUAUGCUUGCCAGGAUAAUCAAGUACUUCAAAUAAAUGAUGGAACUGGCAAGAAGAGGGUGGUUAUCGUUGGAACUGGUUGGGCAGGCGCAAGUUUCUUGAGAAAUAUUGACACUUCCUUGUACGAUGUUCAUGUCGUAUCACCUCGCAACUAUUUUACCUUCACACCUUUGUUGCCUAGUGUGACAUGUGGCACAGUUGAAGCACGUAGUAUUGUAGAGCCUAUCCGUAAUAUUGUGAGAAAGAGAGGCGGCGCAUUUAGAUUUUGGGAAGCAGAGUGCUACAAGAUUGAUCCAACUAACAAAAAGAUCCACUGCAGAUCAGACUCAGAUGGAAAUAGUGAAUUUGUUGUAGAUUAUGAUUACCUGGUCGUCAGUGUUGGAGCUAGACCUAAUACAUUCAAUACCCCUGGUGUUGUUGAAAACUGCCAUUUUCUAAAGGAAGUAGAAGAUGCUCAAAAAAUUAGGAAGAGUGUCCUGAAAUGUUUCGAAAGAGCGUCCCUUCCAAACCUAACUGAGGAAGAGAGGAAGAAGAAUCUUCAUUUUGUUGUUAUUGGUGGUGGCCCAACAGGUGUAGAAUUUGCUGCAGAGCUUCAUGACUUUGUCAAUGAGGACUUGGCAAAGUUGUAUCCUGAUGUGAAGAAGUAUGCGAAUAUUUCAGUAAUUGAAGCUGGAGAUCAUAUCCUUACAAUGUUUGACAAGAGAAUUACCCAAUUUGCUGAAGAUAAAUUCAAGAGGACAGGCAUAGAUUUGAAGACGAAUUUUAAGGUUGUGAAGGUGUCUGAUAAGGCUAUCACUAUGACUAAUUCUGCAACUGGAGAGAUUGCUGUGCCUUAUGGCAUGGCUGUUUGGUCCACUGGUAUUGGAACCCGUCCCCUCAUAAUGGAUUUCAUGAAGCAAGUUGGUCAGGCAAACCGACGAGUGCUAGCUACUGAUGAAUGGCUCAGGGUUCAUGGAUGUGAUGAUGUAUAUGCUCUCGGUGAUUGCGCGACAAUAACUCAAAGAAAAGUUAUGGAAGAUAUUGCUUCAAUUUUCCGGGUAGCAGACAAGGACAAUUCUGGCUCUUUGACUGUCAAGAAAAUUAAAAAUGUUCUUGGCGACAUCUAUGAAAGGUACCCACAGGUUGAGUUGUACCUUAAAACUAACCAAAUGAAGGACUUCCAUGACCUACUCAAAGAUUCAGACGGGAAUGCUAUUAAGGAGUCAAAAGAGCUGAACAUAGAGGAAUUCAAGAAAGCCCUUGCUCGAGUGGACUCGCAAGUUAAGAUGCUCCCAGCAACAGCUCAGGUUGCUUCACAAGAGGGAGCCUAUCUGGCAAACUGCUUCAACAAGAUGAAAUACUGUGAAGAGAACCCUGAAGGUCCGUUGAGGAUCAGAGGCACAGGGCGUCAUCGGUUCAAACCUUUCAGGUACAGGCACCUUGGCCAGUUUGCUCCACUGGGUGGAGAGCAAACAGCCGCUCAAUUGCCGGGUGAUUGGAUACAUGUUGGUCACAGCACCCAAUGGCUAUGGUAUUCUGUCUAUGCCAGUAAGCAAUUCAGCUGGCGCACCAGGAUGCUGGUAGUAUCUGAUUGGGGCAGGCGGUUCAUCUAUGGAAGGGACUCAAGCAGCCUAUAAAUUGAACUAGGAUGGUGUUGUUCACCGCCCUGCAUUUUGCCAACUGAAGCUCUAUUAGACUUGGAUAAUACAAUUUUUGCAUACCUUCGGAAACAACUAUUUUUGCAUACAGCAUCAUUUUUUUUAGAGAGAGAGAGCAUCGUUAUAUUUGUUCGGCUAUUUUCACAAGCUCAGGUUUCUGUAGCGUAGCAAGGUUUUGUCACCAAUUUUUGAUCUUGCCGAUAUUUCUAUGACACAAUGGAGGUUAAAUGAUUUAUACAUCAGUACUUUAUAAUACAGUUCAGUAUCCUAGUAAUUUAAAUGUUGAUGUUAUGUGUUUUUUUUA